AUGGAGCCCCCGGUUCAGAUCUUCCGCGGAGACCCGGGCCCCACCUGCGCGCCCAGCACCUGCCUGCUCCCCAACGGCAGCGGCGGGGCCCCGGGCGACAGCAACGGCAGCGCGGGCUCCGGGGACUCGCCGCUGGAAGCCACCUACAUCUCCCCCGCCAUCCCGGUCAUCAUCACGGCCGUCUACUCCUUGGUGUUCGUCGUAGGCUUGGUGGGCAACUCCCUGGUCAUGUUCGUGAUCAUCCGGUACACUAAGAUGAAGACGGCGACCAACAUUUAUAUAUUUAACCUGGCUUUGGCUGAUGCUUUAGUUACUACCACCAUGCCUUUCCAGAGCACAGUUUAUCUGAUGAAUUCCUGGCCCUUUGGGGAUGUGCUGUGCAAGAUAGUCAUUUCCAUUGACUACUACAACAUGUUUACUAGCAUUUUCACCUUGACCAUGAUGAGUGUGGACCGAUACAUUGCUGUGUGCCACCCUGUCAAGGCGCUGGACUUUCGCACACCCUUGAAGGCAAAGAUCAUCAAUAUCUGUAUUUGGCUCCUGUCUUCCUCUGUUGGCAUAUCUGCGAUUGUCCUUGGAGGAACCAAAGUCAGGGAAGACUUGGAUGUCAUCGAGUGCUCCUUGCAGUUCCCGGAUGACGAUUACGCGUGGUGGGACCUCUUCAUGAAGAUCUGCGUCUUCGUCUUUGCCUUCGUGAUCCCCGUCGUCAUCAUCAUCAUCUGCUACACCCUGAUGAUCCUGCGCUUGAAGAGCGUCCGGCUCCUCUCGGGCUCCCGGGAGAAGGACCGCAACCUGCGGCGCAUCACCAGGCUGGUCCUGGUGGUGGUGGCCGUCUUCAUCGUCUGCUGGACCCCCAUCCACAUCUUCAUCCUCGUGGAGGCGCUGGGCAGCACCUCGCACAGCACGGCCGCCCUCUCCAGCUUCUACUUCUGCAUCGCCCUGGGCUACACCAACAGCAGCCUGAACCCCAUCCUCUACGCCUUCCUCGACGAGAAUUUCAAGCGGUGUUUCAGGGACUUCUGCUUCCCCAUCAAGAUGAGGAUGGAGCGGCAGAGCACCAGCAGGGUCAGAAACACGGUUCAGGAUCCUGCUUACGGGAGGGAUGUGGAUGGGCUAAACAAACCGGUAUGA